AUGGGUCGCAUCGGGGACGGAGACGUCCACGCUGCGUAUGUUGAAUUUCGAGCGAAAGAAUCAGACAAAUGUCUUUCGGCGCAAUGCAUAUACUGCCAGUCUGUUCGGGCAAAGAAUACGUCACGUCAGCGUCAGCAUCUGCUGGAGUGUCCAAACUACCUAGCCGCCAUGAAGGAACACAAUCCAGACAACCCUAUCCUCCAUGAGUCGAUCAAUGGCCCACCCCCGCCGCCGACUCCAAGCCAGCCAAAGCCGAACAAGAAGCGCGACCAUGACAGUAUGAUUUCGGGCUUCCAAGGAGAGGCUUCUGUGUCCAGGAACUUCCCCAUCCCUAAACCGGUGCUAGAAAGAGAUUUCCAGAUGAGCGUCCAAUUGAACCCUAAAAUCAGUGUUGGAGUCGGAAUCUGGGGCCAGCGCAAUUGGGUCAGCUACAUUAGCGGACACUGGAACGGGCGUUGGGGGAAAGGCACUGUCGUGCCUGGUGGGCAAGAUUCUCAAUUGGUUGCACCCGACCUUUCUACCCAUGUUGGCAGCAACUAUCUUCUACAAACGCACGAUCAUCCACCGGCCUACAUUGCUGUCAAGAACGAUGGCUGGCGCGUUGGACCCCGGGAAGUUCUCGAGAAGCUUGACAACCCCGUCGAGGCGGACGAGAUCGAUCCCAAAACCUACUCAUUCAGGAUCUAUAUCACUAUGGAAACGGGGGACCCAAGGUAUCUGCACCUAAAUACAGGCAUGUGGGUUGGUAGUGGCAUAAGAAGAGGAACUGAGAUGAUCUACGACGCCUAUCGUAUUAUUUGA